UCAGUCGGCGGUGAUGCUGUCUCGCGUUUGCACGCGUUUUACUGUCGCGCUCCUUUCUUCGACUCCGUCGCGCCGUGUGCGUACAGCAAACCCGAGCGUGCACGCGCGAAAAAUAACGUCGUCGGAGUGACUACUUGACCGCGCAGCGACGAUAGUCAGCCGAUAGCCGUGGUUCAAUCGCAGGCAAGAGGAAGCGUAGAUAUAAACGGGCGACAGUUUAGCCGCGUGUAUGCUGUGCCGCGCGAGUUACAAGAGUGACCGUUCCGAUGGGAGGUUGAUUUCGGUGCGCAGUGCAGUUCGCUCCGAAGCUAAACGCCGCAGACACGAUUAAGAGGUUUUUCGUCAUGGGAGACGAGUUACCUAUAUUGAAGGGAAUCCUCAACGGAAAUGUCAACUAUCCUAAUGCACCGGUGCGAUUCGGCCGUGUGCCCAAGCGUGAGAAGGCCAGGAUUCUGGCUGCUAUGCAGCAAAGCUCCCACAGCCGCUCUCAGGAAAAGGCAGUAGCCGCCGAGCUGGAGGACGAGCAACGGCUACUCACCACCGUCGUUCAGGCACAUCUGGACACAUGCGACUUCACUAGGGACAAGGUGGCCCCGGUCCUGGUCAGAGCCAGAGAAACGCCUAACUACACCGCGUGUCCACCGACCUUGGCAUGCCCCCUGAAUCCAAAUCCCCAGCCAUUAACCGGGCAACAAGAACUACUACAAGACUUCUCGAAGAGGUUCUCGCCGGCGAUCCGAGGCGUGGUAGAAUUUGCGAAACGCAUUCCUGGAUUCACGUUGCUAGCGCAAGACGACCAGGUGACUUUACUAAAGGCCGGCGUGUUCGAGGUGUUACUGGUCAGGCUCGCGUGUAUGUUCGACGCCCAAACGAACAGCAUGAUCUGCCUGAACGGACAAGUGCUCAAACGCGAAUCGAUCCACAACAGCAGUAACGCGAGAUUCCUGAUGGAUUCGAUGUUCGACUUCGCCGAGAGGGUUAAUUCCUUGCGACUAUCGGACGCUGAGCUCGGCCUGUUCUGCUCAGUAGUAGUAAUCGCCGCUGAUAGACCUGGACUGCGUAACACCGAACUGAUCGAGCGUAUGCACAACAAAUUGAGGAACGCUCUUCAAACGGUGCUGGCCCAGAAUCAUCCCCAGCAUCCAGACAUCCUUCGAGAGCUAUUGAAGAAGAUCCCAGACCUGAGAACUCUGAACACCCUACAUUCGGAGAAAUUAUUAGCCUUUAAGAUGACGGAACAACAGCAGCAGAUGCAGGCCCAACAGCAGCAGCAACAGACGCAGCACGUGAUUACAGUGCAACAGCCACAACAACCUUGGCCGAAGGAAGAGGAACCCGGCUCCUGGGGCUCGGCCUCGGACGUCACCUUGGACGAAGCUGUGAAAAGUCCGUUGGGUAGCGUGUCGAGUACCGAGAGCACCUGCAGCGGAGAAGUCGCCUCCUUAACGGAAUAUCACCACGUGGCUCCUCCGAGUGGUCACCACGCGUCCAGCGCGCCGCUUCUAGCCGCGACGCUGGCCGGAGGUCUGUGCCCUCAUCGUCGGCGAGCGAACUCCGGCAGUACGAGCUCCGGCGAGGACGAACUUCACCGCGCGUCGCUCUCGAAAACGCCUCAACCCCCUCAGUGCCCGCGAUUUCGCAAGUUGGACUCUCCUAGCGACAGCGGAAUCGAGUCAGGAACUGAGAAACCUGACAAACCGGCUAGCAGCAGCGCGAGCAGCGCGCCUACCUCGGUCUGCUCCAGCCCGCGUUCCGAGGACAAGGAAGUGGAAGACAUGCCUGUGCUAAAACGAGUGCUCCAAGCGCCGCCGUUGUACGACACCAACUCUUUAAUGGACGAGGCUUACAAGCCUCACAAGAAGUUCCGAGCGCUGCGUCAGAAGGACAGCGCGGAGGCCGAGCCAGCUGUGAUCGUGCAGCACACGCAAUCCCAGUUGCAUCUGCAUUUGACCUCGCCGCCGGCGCGGAGUCCGUCGAACCAGCCGCAGCAGAUUCAAUGCCCUCAGACGGCGAGUUUGUUGAGCAGCACGCAUUCGACGUUGGCCAGGAGCCUGAUGGAGGGGCCGCGGAUGACGGCUGAGCAGUUGAAGCGCACGGAUAUCAUUCAUAACUACAUAAUGCGCGGUGAGGCCAGCCCGAAAUCUCCGCCCGUGUCGCCGUCGCCGGCGGAGCAGUGCGCGUCGACGACUACGAUCAUCGCGCGUACGUCCCAAGGAUCUCAAGGGUUGCUACAAUGCGCGACGAGCAGCUACUCGACGAGCAGAUGGCCGGCUACCUCUGUCAUCACGACGACGACGGGCGCCCGGCAGCAGCAUCAGCAGCAACAGCAACAGUCUUCCUCGGACUACCUCAUGGUCGGUAACUCGCCGGCAUCGUCGCCAAAGUACCUGUCCGCGGCGGCGACGAGUAGUACGAGCACGAGUCCGCGGCCAGCGUCGAGCACCGCGGCGACGCUCGUGCUGUCCGGCUGCCCGAGCAACAUGAUGGAGCUGCAGGUGGACAUCGCGGACAGCCAGCAACCGUUGAACCUGUCGAAGAAGUCGCCGUCCCCGUCGCCGAGGCCGCUCGUCGGCCCGUGCAAGGCUCUGUCCCUCGAGGCGUAGUGCGAAAUCCCGUGAUCAGACCGAUCAAAGAGCGAAGGGGGUAACGCCUUCACCGGUGAGCGCACGGCCCGUGGUGUUGUUUCUAUUCAUUUCGCUCGCGACUGACGCGCGUUGUCGUUGGUGUCGCGAUAAACUGAUGUUCUGCUUCGCGUCGCUCCCUCCUCCCGUGUGACGGACGAUGGAAAAGUGCCAGGACGCUCAGAGCGCGUGAUAAACCAAAUAAUUUAUUAAUUUAAACUAUAUCGAUAUUUGCGCGAGGACAGCGACGAGGAUGACAGUCGUCCGGGGCCGCGACGGUCCCGGUGAUACGUGAUAUAAUAACGUCGUAAAGGGGAGGAGAGUGUUUGUGCAUGACGCGGGAGGGACCGUCUGUUUCUGAUCGUAUUUUGUUUCUUUACUCUUUACGUGUCGUAAUUCGAUGGACGCUGAAUCGAACGCUGGACACGCGAGUGCCCGAUAGACAAGGAGAUGCAAGUGUCGUGUUUGGAAUUCACCCGCAUAAACGGAAGUUAACACCUGACCAUCCACCCACCUACCACCCAUUGACGAGCUGCGGUAACAACGCGAGAGGGGAGGCUUCGUUCGAAGUGAUUUAGAACGACGGCCCUGUCGAUGCCCCUUCGCACGAGCUGGAGGAGCAGGAGCAGGAGGAGGAGGAACAGGAGGAGGAGGAGGAGGGGGGAGUACAAGGUGAGGAAGAGGAAUUCUGUGAACGCGAGGAAGGGGAGGAUCGAGAGUGUUGCAGAUAAAGAAAUGAGAAAUAAUCUAUCUUACAUGUGAUAAUCAUGGAAAUCGCGCAUCCUGUACAGUACUCCACCUCAUUCAUCGAUCAUCUACUCUACUAUAAUUAUUGAAUAUUAUUAAAAAGUAAUUAAUAUUAUUGUAACAUGUGUAAGGUAUAAUAAUCGUAAACGAAGAAACGUUAUCAUCUUGUGUAUGUGCGCGUAGAGAAAAGUAAAAGGACGAGUGUCUGUGAGAAAAAGAGUACGUGCGAGAGAGAGUGAGAGAGAAUUGGUGCAUGAGAAAUCGACCAGGAACAAAACAAAAAAAAUUAAGCGAGAUGCAAACGUGAUGCGAGCGAGUGGAACGCGUGAGCGUGCAUGUGCAAGUGAGUCGGGGCAAAAAUCGCAGAAAAAAGUGAAUUCGAACGCGGAAAAAUUGUAUCGAUAGGAGUAAAAUGAUAAAUGAUAACGAAGAAAGAAAGGAACGAGAAGUGAUGAGAGGAACGGCUUCUUUUAGCAGUCGGAAACGUAAGUUUAGAGGAACGACGUAUUCUUCUAAAUAUGUAUAUGAGACUGAUCCGGCCCGCCGCCGCGGCCUCCAGAGUUUGCAAUCAACCAGUACGUAUAUGUUUGUAAAAGCGGACAAAUUUGUGUCUCGUCUCCGUCUAAUAAACGAGUCUGACCAAUAAAAUGUUGUCUAUAUAGUUUCCUGUUCUUCUCUCAAACCAUCCAGACCUCGACACCACGUCGAGACCAUCCCUUAUGUUAAAAAACUAAAAGAUAAAAAUAAAAUAGGUAGAGCUACGUGUUCGCACGUUCGGGUAAAAAAUGGAGCAACGAGAUGGACCCGGUUAGCGUAGCGCGGAGACGGGACGCAAUGUGACGAAUUAGGAAGUGAGAGCGUGUGAGAUGCGUGCGUGCGCGAGCGAGCGAGAGAGAAACUGGAGCACGGAGAGUGAUGAGGAAAGCUUUAGAACGACGAGAGCUGAUUUAAUUAAACAGGCAAACGGUACCAGAGAAUAUCGCGCGGUAGUAAUCGGCAUUACAAAGAAAAAAAAAAAACGAGACGGAAACAAGAAAGAACGUAGUGUAUAUAGUAGUAGAUUCGUAAGGCUAAGUCCUAGGAGGCGCGAGUGAACAUUUGCUUUACUUUUUCGAAAAACGCUCGGUAAGAGACAGAGGGAAAUUAGUAGAGGGACGAGAGAAGCCGGAGAGAUUAUGAACGCGGCGGGCCGCCGUGUUGUCGAGUCGUCCCGCAACCCUGUUUUGCCCCUCCACCCCCGCCGAAGCCCCGUAGUGGUGCAGCCGAGAAGCAUCGACAGGACACAGCAUAAGGCAAAUAGAACAGGGAAUUAUUGUUAAAACAGAUGCUAAUGGUAACAAGAAAAUAGCACACUGGAUCGUGGCGAGAGAACACGCAGCAACCAUAGGGAACACGAGAAAACGCAACGCUGAAUGUAACGACCGACGAUUAUACAUGUGCACAGACGAACGCCGAGAGGAACGCGUAGGCCGCGGAGAGGAGAGAAACGCGUACAGUAUAUUGUGCGUUAGCUAGACACCGCCGAGAAAUCAGUAUGACGAGUGAGAAAGUAAGAGAGACCGAGUGAGUGCGAGAAUAAUUGUAAGGGCAAAAUAUGUAAACGCGAGAUCACGGAGGAACGAAGGAAAACAGUUAGAGACGGAGAUAGAGAUAAAUCUGCUCGAUGGGCACGCAGAACACACCGUUGCUACAUUUUUUGAGCGCAGCACCGUUCGGAUCCCUCCUCGAUAUCACGCAAGCUGAAACGUUGAGACACACGAACAGAGAAACCCCGAGACGACCUUCGUAUUAGGAAACCGCUCAGUGUAUUUAUUGUACUCGAAGACUAGAGUCAUUCCCUCUUUUCACGCUGUGUAUCAAUCACAACCGACAGACGAUGACACACGAAGACACGUACAGAUACACAUACACACACACACACACACGCCUCCUUCCCCGACUCGUUUUCGAUCCCUCUUGCUGUCACCCGUGCUAACGACCCCCGGAAACGAACGCACCCUUGUUUCCUUCCUGCAGAUUUAGCCGAACCCCGGUAGAGGAGAGCCAAGCUUGAAACAGUUUCGUCGAUCGACCCGCGACCGUCCUGGUUUUAAUCAUGCGCGUAUCAUAUAUCUAAUUACGCAGGCGGUCGCAAUUAUUAUUUCGCAUCUCAGCUAAUUGUGACAGAACUGCAAUUCUUGUGAACCUCCCCCGUCCGAGUAUAACUGUCCAGAGAGCGAGAGAGAGAGAGAGAAAGAGAGAGAGAGAGAUUGAGAUGUCUUAUUUCUCCCGAGAUUCCUAAUAAUGUUUUACACGGUCCCAACCCUUCCCGAACAGUCCUCAUUAUCUUGGAUAUGUCCCCCACAAGCGAACUAGCGUUGAUAUUCGUAAUACUUGUUAUGCAUAAACUACACAUAAUGAUUAUUAUAGUAAACGAUUACAUAAAGUAUGAUAUAUUUCUCUAUCCAUUAAGAAAGGAGGAACGCAAGCAGCUGUUGUUUCUUGGUGGAAGAACCUCGACGAGAAACCCGUCGUAAGCGAGAGUAUUGGCAGAGUGCGAACAACAAUGAGCUAUUGGGAAUGAGAGAGAGAGAGAAAGGAAGCGUAAGGGAAAA